AUGGAAAUAAAUUUAAAAUUAAAUUCAUUAGUUUUUAAUGAAGUAUUACCAUAUCUAUCAUAUAAUAAUAAAUAUAAAAGAAUAUUAGAAUUAAGUUUAAUUUCAAAACAAUCAUUUCAAAUCAUUCAAAAUUUAUUAACUCAUAAACAUAUCAUCAAAAUUGAACCAAAUAUUCUAAUAAACUCAAUAAAGAAAUCAAAAGAAAAUAACAACUAUGAACUAUUUUUAAUAAAGUAUAAAGAGUUGGAAAGUAUCCAUUUCAAUCAUUGCAAUAUUUAUUCAACAAAGAGACUCAAAAAGAUCAAGAGUGAACUUUUAGAACAAUGUAAACAAUUAAAAAAAGUUAUUUUCGACUAUGUUAGUGUUGAUACUAUGGAUGGGAAUCCAACAUGUGAUAAUUUUUAUGAAUAUAGAGUUUUAAUUUUAUUUUGGAAUAUACAACGACCUCCAUUUUCGAACGAAACCGAAUAUCCAUUGGACCCAGAAUAUAGAUAUUCUUUUGAAUUUUUAUCAAGAUACCCAAAUUCAAAGAAAAUCUUAAUAACAACAGUUGACAAUCCAAUGCAUUUAGAGUAUUUGGAUGGUAUUUUAUUAAAUUGUUGUAGUACAGUAGAAGCUAUUACAUUUGACUUAAACAAUACACCCCAUAAUUUUGUUGGAAAAGUAAUAAAUUCGAAAUCGCCGGCAAUCAAAUCAUUCACUGUUAGAUUGGCCGAUGACACAAGUAAAUUUGUUGCAAAUUUAUUUAGAGAAUCAGAAAUCUCAAAAAAUAAUAUAUUAAAGGUGUUAAAAUUAAAAUUAAGAAAUUGUUUGGAUUUUGCCACUUCAUAUCCCCACCAAGAGCCAACCGAAUUUUUAAAAACACUAAUAGGUAAUCAAACUUUAGAAACAUUGGGUUUAGAAUUAUUCAAAGUAAGCAACUCGGAAAAACUAUCACCACUCAUCCAAGUACCAAAUAUUAAAUCAUUAAUAUGCAAAUUCAACUCUAUUGAAGCCUUUCUUUUACAUUGCAACGAAAAUCCUAAUAUUACCACUUUAAAAGCUGGUUGGUUUAACCCAUAUAAAGGUAGUAAUGACAUUAAUGUUUUGGUAAAUGCACUUUUAAAUUUCUUUAAAAAUAAUAAAUCAUCAUUGCAUUCAAUUAUACUUCCUAGAUUACCAGAUAAUAAUUUAAAAGAACUUAUCAACAAUAUGGAAAGAAAUAUUAAUAUUAAAAGAUUUUGUUCAUCUAUUACUUUUUAUUAUUAUAAAUAA